AUGUCGGUGUUGUCUCUUGCUAUUCUCCUGUUUUUCAGAGGCUUCACUUUUUCUGCAGCUGACAACUGUGAAGUGUGUGUGAGCUUUCUCCACAGACUCUAUGGCAGUCUGAACUCAGCCCACACGGAGCUCACUCCUGCGCUGGUGGAGGAAGAGCUGGUCCAGGCCUGCACCGUGGCCCAGGGGAAGGAGGCGAGGCUGUGUUACUACCUCGGAGCCAGUAGUGAUGCAGCAACACGUGUCACAGCGUCAGUCGCUCGACCCCUGGCCUCCCACGUCCCCGUUGAGAAGAUCUGUCAGCGCCUCAGCAGCAGAGACACACAGAUCUGUGAGCUCAAAUACGAGUCUCAGCUGAAGGACCUGAGCAGCGACGGGCUGAAUAAGCUGCGAGUUUUGGAGCUGAGGAACAUUUUGGCGUCGUGGGGGGAAGAGUGUCGAGGCUGCCUGGAGAAGCACGAGUUCGUCAGCCUCAUCCAGAAGAAGGCACCGCUGCAUGCUCACAGUCUGGAGCUAUGA